CAAACCGCCUUGACAUUCUGCAAGUCGUGUUUCCACCUUACAACUUGCGCCGCGGCACCACCGGACAUCACCAUCCACGACCACGAAGACCGCAAUUGAAUCCACGAUACGAAGCGAAAAUUCCUGACCAAAAUCUCUCACCAUGGCCGGCGGCGGCUCCAUCGGCACCAACGGGCAUGCGGACUCGAUUAAUUCGCACGAUGACGAUUCCAAGAAACAAGACAAGAAGAAGAGCAAGAGGCCAGCCAACACGGCCUUCAGGCAACAACGUUUGAAGGCAUGGCAGCCAAUUCUCACUCCAAAAACGGUUCUGCCGUUAUUCUUUGCCAUCGGCGUCAUUUUUGCCCCAAUAGGAGGUGGGCUUUUGUACGCCAGCACUACAGUGAGAAUGAUAUCGCUCGACUACACCAACUGUGCGACUCAGGGGGGUGACAACAAGUUCGAAAACAUGCCUUCUGGUCUGGUCAAGACACAAUUCGGGUCGAGUAAUCAAGUCAAUCCUCCUCAGUGGAGCAGGUCAACGAAGAAGAUGAAGUUCAGCACAAACACGGAUCCGAAUCAGAACGAUACCGAUGUUUCUGUCUGCACUCUGCAGUUUACACUCCCUGAAAACAUGUACCCUCCGGUCCUGAUGUACUACACCCUCACCAACUUCUAUCAAAACCACCGCCGCUAUGUCAGCAGUUUCUACGACAAACAACUCAAGGGAGACAAAGUGGACAUCAAUGCUGUUCGUUCCUCGCCGUGCACGCCCUUGACGGUUGACUCUAACAACAAAGCGUACUAUCCCUGCGGACUGAUCGCGAACUCCAUGUUCAAUGACACCAUCUCCGAGCCCGUUCUGCUGAACUCCAACUCCGCUGAGGCGAAGAAUGGCUCUGAAGUCUAUAAAAUGGCCAACAAUUCGAACAUUGCCUGGCCCUCUGAUGCAGACUUGUAUGGAAAGUUCCCGUCCGAUAUGAACAUUGAUGACGUCGUCCCUCCGCCCAACUGGAGGAAGCAGUAUGGCGACAAAUAUACGAAGGAAACCGUGCCAGAUUUGAAAACAUGGCAAGCCUUCCAGGUAUGGAUGAGAACUGCAGGUCUGCCUAACUUUAGCAAGCUGUACCGCCGCAACGAUACCGCACCUAUGCGUGAGGGUACCUAUCAGGUUGAGAUCGAGAGCCAUUGGCCUGCCGAUGCUUACCGCGGUACAAAAUCGCUGCUGAUCACCACAAGGACCAUUAUUGGUGGCAGGAAUCCGUUUUUGGGUAUUGCCUACAUCGUCGUGGGCGGAAUCUGUAUCAUACUGGGUGUCAUCUUUACUGCUACUCACUUGAUCAAGCCGAGGAAAUUGGGCGACCACACCUAUCUUUCAUGGAACAACGCUCCGGCCCCGAAGAAGGGUGCCGCCGGAGCCCCACCAAGCACGGCACAGACAUCGGGACGCGAUUACGGCGGAAGGGCCGAGGCAUAGAGUGCCGGUCGUGUAGCCUUGACCACAUUGCCUGGGCCCGCAACCCCCAGAUCAGAACGUCAGACGGCCGCAGCGACGGCCACCAAGUCACCAAACCGCGGACCCUCCACACCAGCUCGCUUCGUUUCUCCGCAACUCACAUCUGGCCAGUUCUUUACUGCCCUGGGCGAACGGCGCAUCACUAAUUCAACCGACGGCACUACACUGGUUAAUAGCACCACCAGUCUCAACAGUACUCCACGCAAGAGCAGUGUAAAAGCUUGUGGUACCGGUGCGUUGGUGCGGGGCAGGGACAGACAGCAACCUCUUAACCACCAUGGAUAUGAGAGGGACUAUGGCAGCAGUAUCGAGCUGCCAUCGCCAACUGUGCCACCUCGAAAUUCGAGUGUUAGCGGCCAAAGGCUCGACUCUCGAGCGGAUGGUGACGAUCGAUUUUUGUUCCCGCAACUUGGAGCCAGGUCGUGAUUGCGCAUGUGUUUCCAAGACAACUUUGUAUUUUUCCACGUGACUUCCGUUCCCUUUUGGGUCUGAUAUGGUUUCCCCAGUUUUGUUUCUCCUUUUCUUCUUUUUUUUCGUGUUCUGCGUCUGAUGAAGCGAGGGGAAUCCGAUGAAAUCGGCCAAUACGAUAUUAACAUGAAUUUAAUCCCAACGGAUGGGAAACGGCAACCAGACAACAAAUGUCUCUCUUUUUUCAUCGGAAUGGUUUGAAAUCAAUGGAGUUGGCGUCGGCUGUUUUUCUGUUUCUUAUUUUCCGCAAUUAUCUUGUGCGACCUGUACUUUCGAUGCGCACACUCUUUUCCUAUUGCGAGUUUCUAGUCGUAUAUUGGAAUAGAAUAUCUCAACCGUAUAUUAUGAUUCGCAAAACAUAUUCCUUUUUGUGUCC